UUUGGUGUUGUUGUUUUUCUUUUUUCUUUUUCUCCCAGCAGGGUUGUUAAACGAGCCUUUGGAGACCCCUCUUUGGCGACAAGGUGCAGUGCAGCUUCCAGGAAGCGACAACCCGGCGACACCAGCGACUGUCGGUGAGCCCAAUUAGAUCGCGUUGUUUAUAUCAAACAAGAAAUACAACACGUUAAUGAGUCGGUUAACCCACCUCCAUGACUUCUCCAGAAGAUGAAAGUGUUCCCUGGAGGCUAGUAGGUCCUGUGUCCGAGCUGUCCAAGAAACAAUGUAGAUUGAUCUAUUCAUCUGAUGGACGCGACGCGGAUGUUUGUCUGUUUUAUGUGAGCGGUGAAUUCUUGGCGAUGGACGCUCGCUGCGCUCAUUCGGGAGGUCCGCUGUGUGAUGGAGAUAUCGAGGAGGCCGAUGGGAUUCUUAAGGUUUUCUGUCCUUGGCAUGACUAUGACUUCAAUCUCAAAACAGGGAAAUCGAGCACAGGUUUACAGCAACAAGUUUAUGAAGUGAAAUUGGAGGACGGCAACGUAUACGUCAAGCACGCAAGCGAGCUCUCGUUACAGCCUUUCGGACAGGUCAAAGAGCACUGAAGUUCUUGGUUACUCUUCUCUUGAACUAAAUCAUCUGUUUGGAUCCAGUUACUGUGGGUAAUAUUUGAAAAUGAUGCAGUCUUUUAGUUGAAUAAACUUUCCUGUUCUCCAUUGGAGCAGUUGUUA